AUGCCGUCGUUCUCUUCGGGCGAUCGAUUCGACAAUAUAGAUGAUAUGGACCCAUCAUAUGAGGCAUCGAUCGCGAACAACUCAAGGUCGAAGUGUAGGGAGCGAAGUUGCCGUUGUGCGAUUGCCCGUGGUACGCCUCGUAUCGGCAGAAAGAUGAAAUGUUCAAAAACAAGCUGGUAUCAUGUUGAGUGCAUCUUUGAGCAAUUCUUGCGAGGGUCGUGGCAACGAAAGACAAUUACGACGCUCAAUGACGUGAAAAAUAUUCAUGUGCUCACUCUCGAGCAAAACUUCGACGUAGCUCGAGCCAAACGGGGUCUGAAACCCUCCUGCGUCGUCGAGGAUUGCCUCGGCCUGGUAAAUCAAAUUCUCUCGCACAAUGUUAUUGGAGUAAAUCGAGCUACUUCCAAGCACUUCCCUCACCAUUUCAUUCUUCCAAUAUCCAGUGCACUUCAAAAUGAUUUCACAUCGAAUUGCCUCUUUGGUCGUUGUAGAGGUGGCUUGAUUGCUGACGCUCAAAAUUUCGCCGAGAAGAGUGGCGAGAAGACCAUAAUAGUGAGCCACGAACCAUAUGUCCGACACGGAGAUUGCGGCGAAGAUUUUCUGGGAACCCGUCGUUGCAUGAGCGAACAAAGGAUCAUACGGCCGCACGAAGUUCAAAUAGUCCACAACCAGUGGACUUACAGUACCGCGCCGUCGUUAAAGAAGAGAAACUCUUUCUGCACCGCACUCGAGCGCGUUGCGGGCAUUCUCUGCAGCGAAGGCCCCCGCGCCAACUAUCAAAAUGACACGACUCAAAAAAUUUACGUCCUCUGGACCGUUAGCGACUCCGUAGUGCACUCUCCCAGUCCACGUGCCUUCGUUCGGAAAACAGAGUUUACGAGUGGCUCCCAAGCGUCGAUUUAUACCCGCAAGCACUCUGCUCGCCUCGAGAGUUGCAUGGUUUCGGUCCCCUCUCCGCAGGGCGAUAAGCUGCUUCUGAGGUGUUCACCCUCGAUGACGAGCGGUUCCCGACUUGUUACAGAGUUCUAUCGCUGCAAGCAGGCAAAGGCGGAUGAGGACUUCAUGUCUUAUGAACACAUGCGUAAUGAAGUUGACUUGAUUCAACCGCAAAUGACGACGCGACUCAAACGACUAGACGAGCACCUAGAUCGCCAACUCCGACAAACUCGACGAGAGCGACUCAACGACUAUCCCAGAGAUUUUGAAAUGCGCCUUCAGCCUCGCCAGGCGAUCAGUAUGAGAUUGGUCCGAGACGAUCAUUACUCACACGGCAAGAUGGAUCGAUCUUGGGGUGCCUGCGGAAUUAUCGUCCAUCGUCGCAUCCAUUUUGUUAUCCAACACGCUGCAAGUCGAAGAGGCUGGACAAUUCGAGAGGACUACUACCCGGGCCAGAAGAAUUCACUAAUGAUUUUGGAACGAGCGCGCUCCGGAUCGCCUGAACGUAGGGUGUUCGAGCAUCUUGUGUGUGUUGAACUCAGAUCCUCACAUGCAAGUUUUUUCAAUGCCAAACACAUUGCAAUGCAUUUGCUGAGACAAGCAGGAGUGCCGGUGCCACGGAGUAUAAGUGUAUACAAGACAUCUGAUCUCAAUCACGUCGAGAGUCGGCUCAAUUUUCCUGUUGUCCUUAAAGUAUCGACAGGGACCUUUGGGAACAAGAUAGUAUUGGGUGUAACUACAUUGGCUCAACUUAAGGUAGAGUACAUGAAGCUAUGUCCUUCUUCAUGCGAAGCUUUUCUCGUCGAGGAGAUGGCUGUUGUUCAUCGAAGGCCAAAUUGGAUUUCAUGUGAACACACCGACUUCACAUUCGGCGACUGCGUGUCUCGCAAUAAUCACCUCAGGUCACAGAUUGGCCUCAGCAGUAUACCUGUUGAUUGGGAAUUUCUCCGUCACUCAAAAAAAUUGUAUCCUGACACCCGGCUUGCUUGGCGCCACCUGAGAAAGAUUCGUCUUAGUGACGAUAUGCGACGAUUCCAAGGUAACUACCUCGAACAUGUUCCUAGCUCCAGGUGGCAUCCUUCACUCCAUAUUCUUGCCAGAAGGAUUUUUAGCAUUGGCGUUCCCACUCAGCGUAUGAUUGGCUUCGACGUCAUCGCUUCUAAUAUCUCGUCUGACAUUCGCAAUUUUCCCCCGCCUAUAUUAGUCCAUGACAUCAAUUCUAAUCCAGACACUACAAUUUCGUUCGUGGCUGCUAACCAGCCACACUGUCCCUUUUAUGUAACAGAACGAAUCCUCGAUGCGAUGUGCAUCUUCUCCCGCCGAUGUACACUGUUCCUUUUAUGUAACAGAACGAAUCCUCGAUGCGAUGUGCAUGCUAUGAUAGUAAACAUGAGGGUACGAGACGUAGUCAAUACUGCGCGAGCUGAAAUCCUGAACUUGGCCUUGAGUGUGUGGCAGAAAACUCUCGGUUCCGAUGCGCUUUGCUUGACCUUUGUCAAUACUUGGCCAUCUCCUGACACAAAUGACACGAAACCUGAAAGGCUUUAUUUCCGUUCCUUCGCUGCCAGACAGAUGAUCGGUCGCUUGAUGGACCGUGUCGUUGAGGUCGCAGGUCAACUGCCCUACCCGAUAACCAGUUCAUCACGUCAUCUUCCGCAGCAAGUGCCGGACAUCUGCCAACACGCAAGACCUCGUCCUGAAUUUGACCCGACAACCGCACGAUACUUGCCGUGGCCCCCUGCAAUGCGAGAUGGGCUUGUCGCACUUCGCCGCUGGACCGGAAGGGAUGCAUCGUGGCCGGUCCUGAGGCCGCUCGAUACCUCUUGGUCCUUCGUGAUUCAUCAGUAA